GAACGAAUAUCCGAAUGGAAGCGCGUAUCGCGCGCGCGGUGCACUCGCGUGCCGAUUCGAGGAAGGGUGUAGUCUGUGUGUGCUUCCGGUGUGCGUCAGUUUUUCUGCCGCGGCGGUUUGCCGCUCGGCGAUCUCCUCUCGGACGAGAGCGCUCGCGCCGUGUAGCGCAAUUAACCUCGUACGCGAUGUAACACUUGUCGGACCGUCUUGUCUGCUUGCCUCCACUUGCGUCAGAGAGAGAGAGAGAGAUUCGCCCGUUCUACGUACAUCUGUAAAACAAAUUGUUUAACAAAUGAGUAUUGAUAGUUUAGCAACGGCUUUGAUUAACAGAUGUGACGUGACGUGACGUGAUGUGAAGCUUCUGUCUCAAAAAUGCUGUACGUUUUUUCAGUUUUGUGCUCCCGUUGAUUUCGAUAAAUUGUACUGCUUUGUAUUCACGUUUCAUUAAAAUUUACAAUUUAAAAAAAUUAGAUUUACACCAAUUGUGCCUAUGUGUGUGUAUACGUGCGUGCAUGUAUGUGUGUGCGCGCGCGCGCGAAUAAUAUAUUUUCUAAACGUCACGAGACUUUCCCCCGUCAAAACUCGCAAUCUCCAUUUUAAAAAAGACUCGAAAUUUAUGGGAUUUUGUUCUCUUUGUCCAGCGAGUUGACGCAGUAGUGGGAGGAGACAUGCCAAAACUCACAUAUUCCUGUAAAAAUAGCAUCACAAAAAUUCGAAUUGGCGACCGACGACCGCAUCCGGAUCCGCGCUUUUAUGCAGUAUUGUUACUACUAUGUAGUAAAGAAUGUUGUGAAGGUUUUAUAUUUUCUAAAAAUUCGUUUGCUCAGCGGAGAGAGAUGAUAAAUUUCUGAACUAGAGCAAUAUAUAGAGUAAUGUCUCGUUUUGGCAAAAUAUUUUUCUAAUUAAUAUACAUUUCUGUCUAUUUCGUAAUUUAGAAUGAACGUGUAAAAUAUUAAAUAAACGUUUGUAUGUACAGAAAUAUAUAAUUUUUCUCAAGAAUUGCAAAAAUGAUUAAUGAAUAACUUUGAAAAGCAAUGAUUAAAAUUGUGUGUCCACAUGCUGCUUUUAUUACAUAUUUAUAACAUGAGCUCAUAAUCAUUUCGAAUGAUUUAUGUAUGAUUUCAGAUUGCUGACGACAAUUACUCCUCGUAGACGUGAAAGAGAAUAUUUUAGAUAGCCAACAUUUUUAAUUAAUACCCCUUCAAACAUGGAUGAUGAGGAAGGAGCUUCGAGUUCUGGACCCAUGUCCUCGUUGAAUAGUCUCUUUUCGUUCACCAGUCCCGCCGUGAAGAAACUGCUCGGUUGGAAGCAGGGAGACGAAGAAGAGAAAUGGGCGGAGAAGGCAGUGGACUCGCUAGUGAAAAAAUUGAAGAAGCGCAAGGGCGCGAUCGAGGAACUCGAACGUGCACUGAGCUGUCCAGGAACGCCAAGUAAAUGCGUGACGAUUCCGAGAAGCUUAGAUGGCAGGCUACAGGUGUCGCAUCGCAAAGGCUUGCCGCACGUAAUAUAUUGUCGAGUCUGGCGAUGGCCGGACCUGCAGUCGCAUCACGAGCUGAAACCUCUGGAGUUGUGUCAGUAUCCAUUUUCUGCCAAGCAGAAAGAGGUCUGCAUCAAUCCUUACCACUACAAGAGAGUGGAGAGUCCAGUGCUGCCUCCGGUAUUGGUUCCUAGACACUCCGAGUUCGCUCCCGGGCAUUCUCUGUUGCCAUUUCAGCAGUUGGCCGAUCCGAGCAUGCCACACAACGUGUCCUACUCGUCGAGCGGCUUCAACGCCAGCACCACGGGCGGCGUGAAUCCGACGUCGCCCAUAUCCUCCGUCGGCUCCGUGCCAAGCCCAGGUAGCGCGACGCUACCGAACCCGCAGAGCCCGUACGGCACUAAUGGAUUGCCGGAGACGCCGCCGCCGGCGUAUUCCCCGCCUGAAGACGGCUCGCAAGCCGGACAAACCCCGUCGUCGGACUCGGUUCCGAUGGACACGAGCGCGCCCAUCGAGGGAGCCACUCCCGUCUGUUACCAAGAGCCACCCUAUUGGGCCUCGAUCGCCUACUACGAGCUGAACUGCCGAGUGGGCGAGGUGUUCCACUGUCAGUCGCAUUCGGUGAUCAUCGACGGCUUUACAAAUCCGAGCAACAAUUCUGAUCGCUUCUGCCUCGGGCAGCUGUCUAACGUGAACCGCAAUUCCACCAUAGAGAACACGAGGCGGCACAUUGGAAAGGGGGUGCAUCUGUACUACGUCGGCGGAGAAGUCUACGCGGAAUGCCUGUCGGACUCGGCGAUAUUCGUGCAAUCUAGAAAUUGCAAUCAUCAUCACGGCUUCCAUCCCAGUACGGUUUGUAAGAUUCCACCAGGAUGCUCGUUGAAGAUAUUCAACAAUCAAGAGUUCGCCCAGCUUCUCUCGCAGAGCGUGAAUCACGGUUUCGAGGCUGUCUACGAGUUAACGAAGAUGUGCACCAUCAGAAUGUCUUUCGUGAAAGGCUGGGGAGCCGAGUAUCACAGGCAGGACGUUACGUCGACUCCUUGUUGGAUAGAAGCACACUUGCAUGGACCUUUACAAUGGUUAGAUAAAGUGUUAACGCAAAUGGGCCCGCCCCACAACGCCAUAAGUUCUGUGUCAUAAAUAAUAUGCACGUACGUCACAACGACAUUUAUUAACGAAAAUAGGACAGUUAAUCUCGAUGCACUUUAAGAGUUUAGAAAUAUUUGGUCGUGGUACCGCAAACCUGAGACUUAUGUAGACUGUAUUCAGAUGACGCAGUCACAGCUAUAUGUUACUCUAUGUUAUAUUAUACCGAUAUUAGAAUCAUGUUUUACGAGAAAAUGAGAAUAUAAAAACGAAAAGAAAAGUAACGAUGUAACUUGUGGAAAAAAGAAAUAUAUAGAACAUUGCGAGAAGUAACGCGAAAUACUUACCAGUGAUCUCUGGGAACUGUCGCGAUUGCAGGAAGUGUACAUUACAGACGCUGUAAAACUCCGGUUAUUAAUAAAUAGGGAAGGAAUUUAUUACAUAGAGAUAAUAACGGCAUACGUGUAAAAAGGAAAGAAAUAUUUUUCAAAUCUAUGCAUCCAGUCGUAAUAGUUUAUUUUAUAUGGACUUAUAUUACGCGGAGACAUUUGCCAGUGGAUGUGCUAGAAAUCUUUAAGACAAUUUUAGAACAUUUACGCGAUGAGAUGAUAAAAAGUAAAAAAACGAUUACAGCUGCUUGACAAAGAAAGAAAAAGAAAAGAUAGAUAUUCUUUGAUCCACUCGAUUAGGAAUAAUCUAACGCUCGUGUCUGCUAAGUUACGUGUGUACUUUAAAAUAUAUUUACGUCUUAUGUAGAUCUAUUCAGAUUUAACGUUAAAGUACGAUCCAUGAUGUAGCGCGCGGUUACAUUGCUAAACGAUCUAUAUUUUUUUUUAUGUUGGACGCCGAUCUCACGUUGACUACCGGAAGUUAACUGCGUCCGAUGACACAUUGAAACACGUCAAGCUCGGUAAUCCGUAGAAAGAUCUUGAUGAUUCACGGCUUGCUCCAUUUCUAUGUAAAUUACAUUGUACUCUUCGAUUAUAGUAUCAUCAUGCACCAAUUCAGUCGCUUUCCGUAUUACAAUUCCUGAACAACAGUACACGAUUGUUUUUCAUAUUUAUAACACGUAAGACGAAUAACGUUCGUGUUAUAAAUGUACUGUGAGCCUAUAUUACGUGCCGUUGUACAUAUUCUAUAUUGGGAAUUGUCAAUACAUGCGUGUGUAUACCAGUGUAUGUGUAAUGAAAGAAGUCAUCUGUACGUUAGUAAGUUUAUACGUUACUUUUACCAGCUGAUUGGAGUUGAUCUUGAGAUUACGUUUGUUACUUUUUUACAUUACAAAAAAAGGUGCCAAAAAAGAACGGAAUAUUCGCAUAAUACGUUUAAUUUACGCACUGUGAUAUUUUAUCGGAGAAACGCGAUUCUUUUAUUGUUGCCCGAUCACACACGUUCCCGAGCUCUGAAACUCGGAGCGUCUCGAAAGUACGCCGAUGCCUUUGAGUGUCUUAGCCUCGGAUAUUAACACACAGUGCCUAAUAAUUCUAGACAAUACCAUCCUUUUUUUCACUGCCGUUUGCUGUCACUUGUUUGCCGAUGUGCCUAACUGUGAUUCUUUGCUAUUCAAUUUGGCAGAUUUGCGAUUCGGUGAUAAACGAAAGGAACUAUAUAUGAAGAAACAACACGUCGUGUUAAUUGCAAUUGUGUGAUAAACAAAAGAAAGUACUAAGGGAUAAGAUAUUCGAUUAAUUACGAUUAAGUGAUAAACGAGAGAAAGUGCAAAAGACUAAAAAAGUGUAACUUAUAAUUGGAUCAUGUUAAAUGAUAUAAUACGUGUGCGACGAAAGAUUGUAACUUCAUACUUCAAGUCGAGUAUAGGACGCUGAUUUGGUACAAACGUCGAUAGAACGUUACCUUAUUCCACAUUGCACGUCGUACAAUUGCGCUAAUUGCAUAAGUAAUGGAGACAAUAAUCGACGAUUACAACAAAAAAAAAGCGUAAAA